CCUCUCUCUGUUGAGUGGGCGAUUUCGGUUGUUUUAGGGGGAAGGUUGACAGAUGACGCAGGUCAGGCGCGUUGGGCAAGGACAUGCGCUCGCGCAGGUUUCGCAAACAUCUUGCAGUGUUGUGACGGCUGCUAUUGAGUGAACACGCUGUGAGUGCUUGUGCGCAAUUUUGAACGUUCGAAAGUGAUGUGGAUGCACGAAAGGGCUUAAACAACAAAGAUUAACACGUCAAAAUGGGGAAAGGAGAAAAAAAAUCCACCAUUAUAUUGGAUAAUUUUAAUUCAACGGCGGAUCUAGCCGGUAAUCCAGGAUUUCAGUCCACAUUGAGCCUGGGCUCGAAAGAAGUCAUCAAUGAAAAGGAAUACAACCCUUUUGAGCACAGAAAUGUUGCGCAUCCCAAUUCGACUAUUGGAUCCCUGGUGCAUUUGCUGAAAUCCUCCCUCGGUUCCGGCAUCCUGGCGAUGCCGAACGCUUUCAAAAAUGCGGGUCUCGCGGCUGGCGCCCUCGGCACUAUAAUCGUUGGGUUCAUAUGUACACACUGUGUUUAUAUAUUGGUGCGGACGUCUCAAGAAGUGUGCGUGGACGCAAAGAAACCCUCCAUGGGGUUCGCAGAGACGUGUGGAGCAGCGUUCCAAUACGGACCGAAGAAGUUACGGCCGUGGGCUGGUGUCGUCACGACGGUUGUGGACUACGCCUUGACUGUGACAUACCUUGCGGCACUCUGUGUAUACAUUGUGUUUAUUGCUGAAAAUUUCAAAGAGGUACUAGACGAGUACAUGCCAGACUAUAAGCUGUCUGUAGAGACGUACUGCGCCCUGACCCUCGUCCCCUUAGUCCUGAUCUGCCAAAUCAGGAACCUGAAGUGGCUGGUGCCCUUCUCGGCCGUAGCCAACGUGCUGCUAGUCAUCUGCUUCGCCAUCACUAUGUACUACAUCUUCAGCGGUCUACCUAACCCGAAGGAGCGUAUCAUGGUGGCUAGGGUUACCCAGUGGCCGUUGUUUAUCAGUACAGUAAUCUUCGCGAUGGAAGGCAUCGGAGUUGUCAUGCCCGUUGAAAACGAGAUGGCGAAGCCGCAACAAUUCCUCGGAUGCCCGGGGGUUCUUAACGUUGCCAUGACUAUAGUCAUUUCACUGUACGGGAUCGUGGGAUUCUUUGGUUACAUCAAAUAUGGCGACGAAGUGAGGGGAAGCAUUACGUUAAACUUGCCGCAGGAUGAAGUCUUGGCACAGAGCGCGAAGAUCCUCAUGGCGUUGGCUAUCCUUUUCACAUACAGUCUUCAGUUAUAUGUACCCAUGGAGAUGAUCUGGAGAGUGAUCCACAACAAAAUAUCCGUCAGAUAUCACAACAUCACGCAAAUCUUCAUCAGGACUGCUGCUGUUGUUGGCUCAGUCGCCCUAGCAGCAGCAUUCCCAAAUCUGGAGCUCUUCAUCAGCCUCUGCGGCGCCAUCUUUUUGUCGACCCUCGGUCUUCUGACACCAGCCAUCGUGGACACCGUUCACAACUGGGACCGAGGACUUGGCAGAUUCAACUGGAUAUUAUGGAAGAAUAUCUUCAUUGGCAUUAUAUCUCUAGUGGCUUUGUUUGCUGGUUCGUAUAAGAGUAUUAGCGAUAUGGUCGCCAAGUAUGGACGGAGUGAGCAUUUGGAGAUGAAUAUGAAUUUAAAUAUGACCAGUGUUAAUGGGACGUGGGUGUCAUAAAAUUAUGUAAAAGUCGAGGAAUACUGUAACAGUGACAAUAAUAUAAGAUCCUUAUCACAUUUCUUAUUUAAUGUGACUGUGAAAAUGUACGCAAUAAAAUAUGUAUGUAAAUUGAAUUCCUUGACUGUGUUUGUUAGAUGUGGAUGAAAAUGUAAAAAAUUUUUUAGAUGUGGAUGAGAAUGUAAACAUUUGUUAAAUGUGGAUGAAAAUUAAACAUUUGUUAAACGUGGAUGAAAAUGUAAAGAUAAUUAGAUCGUGUGUAGAUCUGAAAACAUCGCUUAGCUAUUUACAAUUACCAAGUUUAUCUCACACGGUUAUCACAUCACACUGACAUCGCAAUUGGAAAUCCGAAUGGAGAUGAAAUGGAAGAAAUGAGCCGUUGUCAACUACGUUUAACCCUUUUAUAUGUCAUAUUUGAAUAGAUGUAUAUUUCGUUUGUUGUAUGUAAUAGUUUUAAUUUAGAUUUUUAUUGACACACAUAUUAAUAUAAGUACAUUGACUUUAUUUCAAGCAUAAUAUUUUAACUUAUCUAUCUUAUAUAUUGCACUUAUCACAGAAUUAACUGAGAGAUUAUUUAUUUCAUAGGAAAAAGAAAGUAGAAAGACAAAUAAAUAACUUAUGAACUAAAUACCACUAUAAAUAAUACUAAAUUAAAUGCCACCAAAUAUUUAUAUUUAUUUAAAUGUAUUUUAUUUAAAGUAUAAACACAAAUAAAAAAUAUAUCGAAUAGGUCAGUUAUAAACUGGCUAUCAAAUAUUAACUGAGCAUAUGAAUUAACUGGGUAAAUAAUUUUAAGUUUAUACAACAGAACAAAAUAAUCGCUACGUAAAUUUAUUUUAUGAUAGUAAUAAGUAUAUCUGUCACGCAAGUAACCACUAUGUUUUAUUUGUACAAAUCUGUUCUAAUACUCUUUCGGAAACAGGUAUUUUUGUGUACAAUUAUUAUUUAAAUAAAUAUUAAUUUAGUCUCUUGCUUUAAAGUUAGUGAACAACUGAACAUUAACUUAAGCGUAUCUGAUUUUCACAGUUAUAAAUACAUCCAUAAUUCAGAGUUAUUGUAGCUUUUGUAAAAUACGGUUUGAAAUAGUAAAAUAUUGAACAAAAUUGUAUAUUUUUUGUUUUAUUCUAAUAAUGGUGGAAUUAAAUUAUUUACUCCGAUCAAAGCCUAAAUGAAAAAUCCGGUUAAAAUCAUUUUGUCUGUUAUUAUUGACAAUUUUAUUCCAGCUCUUGUGUAGGUUUAUAACAAUGAUUUUUCAAUAUUACUUAUUAAUAACAUUAAGAUUGUGACUAACAUGUAACUGUACUCAGUCACAUAAAGUCGCUGUGACUCUAAAUGACAAUUAGGUUGUGAUUGUUAAUAGUUUUAAGGAUAACAUCCACUGUGGAAUAUAAAAUAACAAUAAUUGUAUGUUGUACAAAUUACGCAAUGUGCUUGAGGGGUCCCAAUAGUCUAAAUCCAUUUACCUUUACACCGAAGUAAAGGGUCAUCCAUUAAUUACGUCACACGAAUUUCUAGGUUCUUUUACUACCCCCUCCUUGUCACACUUGGUCCAAUUUGGCAAACCCCUCCCCCCUAGUGUGACGUCACAUUUUUUCUACGAAAUCGCCAAAUCGAAUUAAGUAAGUACCUAAGUAUUAAUAAUAUUUUAUCAAAUUAUUUUUGAAAUAUUAGUUAUUUUACAACCCAAAACUGCUUAGGAAAGAAAAAAAAACGAAUUAAAACGAUUAUCGUUUUAAAAACUUGUUAUUUAAAUGUAUAGCGAAUAAAAUAAUUUAAAUAAAUUUUCGGUUACUGAUGAAGUUAAAGUAACGUCACAAAGUUUGUGUCUCCCUCCUCCCCCAUGUCACAAUAUGUCACAUUUUCUUGACCAGGGGGUCCAGGGCCCUCCCCCUAAACGUGUGAUGUAAUUAAUGGAUGACCCCUAAGUCACGAAAUAUAGCCUGAAAUACAUUGUUAAAUUACGUCGGGUUCCACCUAUGUCCUUUAGGUAUAUUGGUAAAAAUAUCCCAAUUAGUCAAUAGCUCAAUUUGUAGUGUAAUAAGUUUGAAUAUCUACCAAGAUUUAUUUUAUUUGCAUAAUUAUAGCGUACCUAUUAAAAUACAACAUCUACAAGUAUAAUAUAUUAAGAUUUAUAUGAACGAAUUCGAUUUCAGUCACAAUGCGUUCUGCUCAUUUUAAUCUACUGAGGAGAAAGAAGUGACACACUGUGAUUGGAAUUAUAGCCCAAUAGGCUUCCAGAUGAAAAAAAAAUAUUGUAAGGCAUUUUUAAGCUGGUAAGAAGUUAUUAUUUAAUAUUAUUAAGACAAUUAUAAUUUCCAUCGCCAAUUUUGGAUUUGUCACCAAAUGAUAUCCCGUAUUCAAUAUUUAUUCCCAACAAAUAAUUAUAUUGUAUGAAUGCAAACUGUCUCUAAAUGUAAAUAACCAACUUAAUGUUAAUUUGUAUCCAAAACAGUACAUUGGUGAUCACUAUUUACUUUAAAUUUAUGUUCCCAAGAAAUAAUUAAUUGAACAAAUUAGUAGAUAUAAUGAAAUCACCAAAUAAAUAUACGCGUGGACAAAUUUAAAGACGCCAUAAAAAAUAUCGAAUUACUGGAUUACAACAACCUAAAGUAAUUUUAAAAUUACAGUAUUUAAAAAAUAAAUUGCGUUCCUCUACAUAUGACACUGAGUUUAGUUUGAUUCUUAAUGAUGUCAUCAGCUUGACAAAUAUUAAUUAAAAAAAACGAUUCAGAACACGUGGAUAUUAUUUUGGUGAUUCAAUUUUGGUAACAAAUCUAUUAUUUUAGGGACCAAUUUUAUUGAUUAGGUAAUAUGUAAAACGUAGGUUAUAUACAUAUUGAUUUGGUACAGAUAAAAACGAACAUAUUUUUAGCAUAAUUUAAAUGUAAUAUAGUAAUCAAAAUGUCAGAACCGCUGGAACGGUUAUUUACAUCAAAUCGAAUGUUUUAAAAAUGUUUACAACUGCCAGCUUCAUACAGUAAGCGCUUGUACUAACAGAUAUGUUACAAAACUACUGUAAUAAAAGAAAACAUACCUAAACAAGAA